UGAAUGCUUCAAAGAUUCAGAAUCAACAUCUGAACUUGGACCAGAGACAGCCAGGCCUACUCCACUCAAUUGUGCUUCCUGUUCUGAUCACCACCACCAUGAAUGCUAAGGCGAGAGGGUCACUUUUGAUGGUGCUGCUGAUGUCAAGCCUGCUCCUGUGGAAGAAUGUGGCCUCUCUUUCACAUUGUACUGCUAAACUAGCCCACCAGACUACCCUGCCACGUCUGCUUGAGCAUGCAACAAUUUUGUCUGACAGUAUCCACGUCCUCACUUCAGAACUGUGCCACGAUUUUACAACCCUGUACUCCCAGGACACAGACAUCUUUUCAGUGUUAAGGAAAAGGUGCCAUACAGCCUCCAUCACCACCCCCAGUGACAAGGAAGAGAUCCUGAAGAUGAAGGAGAAGGACCUGAUCAUCCUGGUGAUCUACUUGAUGCGCUCUUGGGAUGAUCCCCUGAGCCAUCUCAUGGCCCAAGCAGUUCACCUGCCAGAGGUCCCCUUGAAUUUCAUGGAGAAGUCCCAGUCGAUCCAGGAGAAAAUACAGCAACUUCUAGAGGGGCUGAAGACUAUGGCUAGACAGCUUGGCCUUCAAGUUACAGACUAUGUGGAUUAUGCUGUCUGGACUGAACUUGCACCCCUGAAUUCAGACAAGGGAAAGGACUUCACUGAUGCUUUUCACCACCUGUGCCACUGCCUGCUCAGGGAUACCUAUAAAGUGGACAGUUUCCUAAAGGUCUUAAAAGCCUAUGUAUCCCAUGACAGGCACAAAUAAGCACAUAGUCCUUUGUGCUGUUCUGAGUGGAU